AUGGGGCCUCGCUUUCAAUGCAAGGCUAUAACCCAACAUGGAAAGGGCGACCGAUGCCUUAAAUCCUCCCAGGAGGGCAAGGAAUACUGUUGGAUGCAUAAGGAUCGAGAAGAUAAAGCUGUUAGUGAGGGCGAAGAGGAGGAUGCAGACAUGUCUGACGAAGAGAUUGUCGAUUCGACGCCCAUCUUACCCUCGGUCGAAACCACGACCACGGCCGGCAAUCCCAACGCAGCCCGGCGCCGCUCCCCGGCGCCUAACACUGCUACUACUACCCCCGCCACUACCACUAGGCGCCGCUCCGGAACACCUGCUUCCACCGCCACCACCACGCGCGGCCCCCCCUCGACGACACCAAGCAACCCUCCUCCCAGUCGGGCCUCUACCCCUGCCACUAACGGCGUUGCUACUACCACUACGCCGAGCAGCUGCGUCUGCACGCUCGGCGACGGCAGCCAAUGCGGCAGUCCCACCGUCGCUCGCAACGAGCUGUGUCACAAACACCAGCCAGAGGCAACCACCACCGCCGCUACAGCUGAUCAAUCCGCCAGCGGCGGCAGCAGCAGCAAUAAACCCAGCACCCGCAGCAACGUCUCCGAGCAACGCCAACAGCCGCAGCCGGAGCCGCAGCCGCAGAAGCAGAAGCAGAAGCACAAACAGAAGCACAAGCAACCGCAGAAGCACAAGCAACCGCAGCCGCAACCGCACCAUCACCAGAAGCGCCCCACGCCCACGCCCACGUCCUCCGCCCGUGUUAGUGGCGGCGGCGGCGGUCGUGCAUCCGUCUCAGCGUCGUCGUCCCCAGCGCCGCCAGCGCACCACCACGGCAGCAGCAGCGGCGGCGGCAGCGGCGGCGGUUGUGGUUGCGGUGCAUCAUCAUCGUCGUCUGCGCCUGUACCGCCUCAUCAACACAGGCGGAGGAGCGUGCACUUCAGCGACGCCGACGACGCCUACGCGCAGAAGGCGCAACAGCAACAGCAAUGGCGUGCGAGUAGCAGUAGUAGCCGCUCCUCCGCGGCGGAGCUGUCGGCCUUCUCGAUGGGCGAGUUGCUGGUGGAGUUGCUGAGGCGGCAUAUGCCUGAGCGGCGGCAGCAGCAGCAGCAGCAGCAGCAGCAGCAGCAAGACGGUGAGGAUGGCGGUGGUGGUGGGUCUGCUGAGGUGAGUGAGGGGAGUGGUGGUGAUGAUGAUGAUGAUGGGCAGGAGGAGGGGGAGGAGGAGGAGGAGGAGGAGGAGCAGGAGGAGUGGGAUGAUGAGGAGUAUGAGGCUGAGGAUGAGGGCUUGUACCGGUGGCAUUGA